UUAAUUUAAUGUUGAUAGGGAGAAAUACUUUACUCGUACGGUAUAAAAUGAACACUUUUUACAGGUCAAUCAGUUCAGUUACACAAGUUAACAUGAUUUAAACUAGAAUAUAAAUACAAACAUUAUUUAAUGUACGAAGUAUCUAAAAAAAAGAAUCCAAUUUUUUCCUUAGCCAAUACUCCGUACCUUUCACAGAUAAUUAGCCAGCUCAGUUACACGGGGCUACUGCUUGAGUGUGAAAUACAACAUUUCUCAAAAAAAAUAAAAAUAAAAAAUAAAAAGAAUCUACCAUGAUUUGUUUGUUUGUUUAUAUAUCCAUCAUUCAUUUCAUUUAAUUUCCCCACUUCAUUCCAACUUUCAAUUUCUAACACCUCACCCUUUAUCUCUUUCUCUCUCUUACUCCAUACUUAAGUGUCACUCCCUAAUUAAAGAGAAUCCUACUACAAACAACCCAAGGAAAAAAAAAAAAAAAGAUAGAGAAAUCUCAAUAUUAAUAAACCCCUCCAAAAAAGAAAAAAAAAAUGGUUUUAUCAUUAGUAGGAAGUAUAAAAGGUGGAGAAAUUUCAUCAGCAGGUUUACGAAUUGUAAUACUUCAGAUUUCAGAGGUUGAAUGCUCUAAUAUUGUGGUUAAAUCUGGGUUAAGAUCCUUAACAAGAACACCCAUCAAUUCAAUAUCGUCAAAAACUAGUUCAUCUUCGAUGAUUAUUGAUUGUUUUCUCAAAUCAUGCCAUUUAUGCAAGAAGCCUCUUUGCCCUGAUAAAGAUGUUUACAUGUACAGGGGUGACCAAGGAUUCUGUAGCAUAGAAUGUAGGAACAGGCAGAUAAUGGUGGAUGAGAUGAAAGAGAUUGAAGUGAAGACCAAGAAGAGGCUUGCUACUUCUACUACUUCCAUAGAUUGUGCUGGAUGUGAGACUUGUAAGCUAUUAGAGGUCCUUCGACUUCGUCGACAUCACCGUAACAACAAGUUUAAAUCAUUAGUCCCUCCUACAAAACAACAACCACCUUUACUCUCUUUUUCAUAGUUUAUAUGAUAUGAAAUUAUGAACCAUAUGAUAUAAUGUUCAGUUGAUCAUAUAUACAAAUAUAUACGAAGUAGUAAUUAGGAGUAUUUUGGUGUAGAAAUUUGGUAUGGUAUGUAGCUAGCUAGCUAGGGUUUAUAAGAGCACUUUACUAAGUGGCCUGGUCGGAAAUUCCAAGUUAGAUCAUUUAGCAAAUGUAAUCAAUUUAUUUUAUUUUUUAAGCUAAAUUUCGAAUUUUCAAUUAUUAUUUACGAAAUUGAAGGAAUUUCAUACAAGUAUGUUUAUUUAAC